GCGUGUGUUGGCGGCUGACUUCUCGGGCUAAAAAAUGGCGACUCGUCUGCUAAGAAUCAAUUCAGCUCUGCUGAAAUAUGCGGACAAGAAUGGAUAUUUCAAGAUCUCAAAGCAAUGGAGGUCUACUGCCGCAUCCCUUCAGCAGGCACUCAUCAACCAGCCGCCAACUAAAACCUCAACACUGGACAAUGGCAUGAGAGUAGCCAGCGAGGACAGCGGAGCUGCAACUGCCACCGUUGGUCUCUGGAUCGAUGCUGGAAGUCGAUAUGAAACCGACGAGAACAAUGGUGUUGCCCACUUCAUGGAGCACAUGGCUUUCAAGGGAACAGCCAAGAGGUCGCAAACCGAUCUCGAGCUGGAAAUUGAGAACAUGGGUGCUCACCUGAAUGCCUACACAAGUCGGGAGCAGACAGUCUUCUAUGCCAAGUGUUUGAGUCAAGAUGUACCAAAGGCAGUGGAAAUCCUCAGCGAUAUCAUUCAGAAUUCAAAACUGGGAGAGAGCGAGAUCGAGCGGGAACGAGGAGUCAUUUUGAGAGAAAUGCAGGAGGUUGAGACUAACUUGCAGGAGGUAGUGUUUGACCACUUGCACUCUGUUGCCUACCAAGGAACUCCUCUGGGAAGGACAAUUCUUGGACCAACUGAGAACAUCAAGUCAAUCUCCAGAAAAGACCUUGUCAGCUAUGUUAGGAACAACUAUGGUCCACCCAGAUUCGUUCUGGCUGGAGCUGGUGGUGUUGACCACAACCAGCUGGUUCAGCUGGCCGAUCAGCACUUCGGCAAGAUGAAGGGACCGAUUUACGACGAGAUUCCUGACCUCAACCCGGUCUACCGCUACACUGGUUCGGAGAUCCGCGUUCGUGACGACUCCAUGCCUCUUGCCCACGUCGCCAUCGCUGUCGAAGGCGCUGGAUGGAGGGACGCCGACAACAUUCCCCUGAUGGUCGCCAACACGUUGAUGGGUGCAUGGGAUCGUAGCCAGGGCGGUGGUGCCAACAACGCCACGACUUUGGCCAGAAUCGCCGCAUCCGGUGAACUGUGCCACAGCUUCCAGAGCUUCAACACGUGCUACAAGGACACCGGUCUCUGGGGUAUCUACUUCGUGUGCGAGCCAAUGCAGUGCCACGACAUGGUCUGGAACGUCCAGCAGGAGUGGAUGAGGCUCAGCACCUCGAUCACCGAGAAGGAAGUCAACAGGGCAAAGAACAUCCUGAAGACAAACAUGCUUCUCCAGCUGGACGGAACCACCGCCGUCUGCGAGGACAUUGGCAGGCAAAUGCUCUGCUACGACCGCAGAAUCCCUCUCCACGAGAUUGAGGCCAGAAUAGAGAGUGUCACCGCUAAAACUAUCCAAGACAUCGGAAUGAAAUACAUUUACGAUCGUUGCCCAGUCAUCGCAGCUGUCGGCCCAGUCGAAAAUUUGACCGACUACAACCGAAUCCGCGGAGCCAUGUACUGGCUCAGACUUUAAAUCCAUCUCUGCAAGAUCGUGGGAGUAAAUACCACUUGUUAGAGAAUUCAACUUCAGACAGUGACAUUGAUACGAUUUAUUGUAGUAAAUUAAUUUAUAUAUUAAUAACAACCGAUUCGCGAUUUCAUUGUCACGUGCUGCAAUCUAGUAGCUUGAUCAUGUUGAAUGAUCCAAAAAUAUUGAAUGUAUAAAAAAUUCGUUGAACAUCUUGGAAAGUACUGCAAUUAUGAUAGGGUGUAUGUACAAUGACAUCAGUAUAAAAAAAAAAUAAAACUAAUUUCUUUUUUCCACUGUU